GGCUCCACGAAGAAACUCCCGGCGGAUUCGGAUCGAAACUUGAGCUGAAACCGAAGAGACUCUUGUCCGCUGUCGGCUGCUUCAUUUUGGGGUUUUCUUGUCGCUCCAAACCCGAUUUUUGACUCUUUUAUCGCCAGAAGAAAACACAAGUAGUUCCGCCAUUCCGCCGCGCGCGCGGGCCGCCGCUGCGUUGAGUCUCCACGGUUCUCAUGGUGUGUAGAAGAGCCGCGUCAGCGUCAGACUCUCAGACUGACAGGAUCGUCGAUCAGAGACAAACAUGGCAGAAGUAGCUCCAGCUCCCGCCGCCGCUCCGGCCAAAGCCGCCAAGAAGAAGACCGCCAAGCCGAAGAAGGCCGGUCCCAGCGUCCAGGAGCUGAUCGUCAAGACGGUGACCGCUUCCAAGGAGCGCAGCGGCGUGUCUGCCGCCGCCCUCAAGAAGGCUCUGGCGGCCGGAGGCUACGAUGUGGACAAGAACAAAGUCCGCGUCAAGACCGCCAUCAAGAGCCUGCUGACCAAGGGGACUCUGGUCCACACCAAGGGCACCGGCGCUGCCGGCUCCUUCAAGAUGAGCAAGACGAGCGAAAGCAAGAAGCCCCAGAAGGCUGCAGCCAAGAAAGCCGCUCCGAAAGCCAAGAAGCCCGCCGCCAAGAAGCCCGCAGCGGCCAAGAAGUCUCCCAAGAAGGUCAAGAAGCCCGCAGCAGCAGCGGCCAAGAAAGCCACCAAGAGCCCCAAAAAGAGCCCCAAGAAGGCGGUGAAGAAAGCCCCCGCAGCCAAGAAAGCCGCUCCGAAAGCCAAGAAGCCCGCAGCAGCGGCCAAGAAAGCCACCAAGAGCCCCAAGAAGACGGCGAAGAAAGCCCCCGCAGCCAAGAAAGCCCCCGCUAAGAACUGCUUUGAAGUGAACCACUGUUCGGUUAGCCGCGCUACAAAAAAGUCGUUUACACGGUUUACGGCGGAGCACGGGGAUCGAUGGGAGAAAUUUCUGUUGCCAUGUUAAAACGUCUGAUCUGCUCUGAAAAAUCCUAUAACAAAACUAUGUAUACUAUCAGUGCAUAUUUGUAGUAAUAAUAAGUUAUUUAAUUAUGACAUGUCAUAAUGAAGAAAUAUUUAGUUGUUAAUCAUGAAGUUGGAUAAUUCAUUAGAAAAUACAUCCUCCUUCUACAGGUCACUCUUUUUUACCUCAAUAACAAUUGUGUACUUUU